ACCAGUGCUGCUACUUCUUAGUAACUAAAAUAAUUGGGAUAAUAGUGACUUCAAAAUUUAUUUUUCUAGGUUACCUUCUUAAUGAAGGAAAAUAAAAGUCCAACAGAUAUUUAUUUUUCAAAAUAAUCGUUUUGGAUGAAAUAGAAUGUCUUUCUAAGACAACUUCAUUAUUUUGGCAGGUUUUACAAAGAUAAAUUUAUUAGUUUGUAUGAUUUUGAGUUGUAUGAGUAGUCGUUAGUAAUGCAUAACUGAGGUGGAAAUAUAAGCAUGUCUUAAAAAGUUUUCAUUAAUUAAUGAAGAAACUUCCAGACAAUAAUAGAACCGACUUGUCAAAAUUCGUCUAUAUUAAAGAUGGACGAAGAUACUUACCAAGUAAUAAGAAAUUAUGGUAGGAACUCAUAUUCAAAACUGUUGUAUAAAUUAAUGAUGAAGAAGUCCUCCAAUGGGAUAUUAAAGAAAGAGAUUACUUCCUCCGACAUUGAUUUUAGUGAUAAUAAUAUUCAGGGCUCUUUUAGAUGGAGUGGUUUCAAUUCCUCAAGCGCUCCCCCAAAACAUUUUGUAGGAGCUACGAUAGUAAAUGAAAAAGAAUCACACUUUGAGGGUAAGGAACUUGGAAAAAAGACAUCUUUCCUUGAAGAAUUUACAUUAGAAUCUUCAAAAGAUAGACCUUGUAAAAGAAGAAAAAGAGGGUGACAUUUAAUGAAUAUGUGUAUUUAUGUAAAGUUUCAACAAGAAAAAGAUGUAUUGGACCAGAAUAUUAAAUUGGAGUUUAAAAAAACAAGGCUCUCAACAACCUAACUGCUUCCAUAUUAUUGUGAUAUUUAAAAAUUUCGUAUUUCUUUUUACAGGUGUAGACGAUUUUCAGACUUAUUAUAUUGGUAUUCAAGUUGAUAUGUUAAACAAAUGCAUAUAUUAACUGUACAUUUCCUUUCAAAAUUUUCAUCUUUUGGGAUUCUAUAUGUUUCAUGAAUUUGAACCUUUGUUUAGCAAAUAAAAUAAUAUGUGUCGCA